AUGGAUGAAGAAAUUAAACUCAAACUUGAAGGAUUGGAGGUUACUGAGGAGGAAGAUCUUUCAACAACUAGGAGUUUUCAACAUUUGGACAAAGAAUUAAACGAACUUGAAGAAGCAACUUUGGCCGAUGAUAUAAUAACGGACGAAGAAGAUAAUUUCUUCGGUAAAGAGUCAAACAAAAAAUCUCCUGUUGAGGGUGAAUUGGAUGAAGACACAGUCUACGAGAAUAUUUCCUGUAUUCAAAAAGCAGAUCAUGGAAACCUACAAAAUCUGACUUUCUCUGGUGCCAACCUGAAUUUGAGGGAUAUUAGCAUUUUAGCUAAAUAUGCACACCUUCAAGCUGUGGAUGUGUCCCAUAAUCAAAUUUCGAAUCUGUCAGCUUUGGACAACCUAAAUUGUCUUCUGAUACUAAAUGUAUCACACAAUCUCAUCACCAAACUUUUGGAUUUUAAACCCCCAAAGAACUUGAAACAUGCCAACUUUUCCCACAAUCAAAUUGAAGAGAUACCUGACCUCUCUGCAUACCACUACCUUUCAGAGUUGUACCUUGACAAUAACAGAAUCAUUGAAAUCAAGGGUUUGUCAAAAUGUCACAGACUUAGCAGGUUGAGUCUGAGUCACAAUCAGAUUUCAAAAAUCAAGAACAUAGAAUCACUACCCCUGAAGUAUUUGAAUCUGUCCAACAACCAGAUUUUCAGGAUUGAAAAUUUAGAAACACUUUCUUGGUUAAGGGAAAUUGAUUUAUCAUGUAAUUGGAUCAGCAGUCUUCAAGGUUUAGAAAAACACCAUCUUCUGGAGUCUAUUAAUGUCAAUGAUAAUCAAAUUCACUCUAUUGAGGAAAUUUCUCACAUCAAAGAUCUCAUCUUGUUGCGAAGCUUUACCAUUUUACGGAACCCAAUUGCACAAAUAUUCAACUAUCAUCUGGCCAUUCUCUUCCAGAUUCAACGCCUUCUGGAACUAAAUGGCUCUCCAGUGGAGGCUCUUAAUUUAUUCGAUCCUUGCCUUGAAGUUGUGGCAGCCAAAACUCAUAUGAUGUUAACUCUUUAUUCCUUUUUAAAACCUUGUCGCAUCUCAGAUAUCACCAUGUCAAACAUCAAUGAUCCCUAUCCAAUGUUGGUGAUGGUGGGACCUGAGGGUAGUGGGAACAAAGAACUGGCAAUGAAACUUGCUGAAGAGUUUUCUGAAAACUUUGGAUAUGGGAUUCCAGAAACAACUCGACAAAUGUUAACUGGAGAAGUUGAUGGAAAAGACUAUAAUUUUAAUACACUGAACCACUUUCAACAAGAAGUUCUGAAUGGAGAAUUUAUUGUAACCAACCAGUACAGAGGGGAUUAUUACGGUCUAAAAAGUAAAACAUUAGAAAGCAUUGCCCAAGAAGGCAAAGGUUGCAUCACGCAUAUGCAACUUGAGGCCAUGGCUACCUUGAAGAAUAGUUACCUCCAGCCACGCUUCAUCCUUACAGUCCAUUCAACCAAAGAGGAACAUAAGAGACACAUGCAAGAUACAGGUGUUUAUACAGAAGCUGAGAUAGAACAUGCUCUCUAUUCCCGGGAUGCAUUUAUUGAAUACAAUCAGGAACAUCCAGGAGGCUUUUUUAUUGUUAUUAUAACAGACAAUAUGGAAUUUGCUCAUCAAAAACUUUGGCAAUUGGUCAAAAGUUGGAUUGGCACCAGUGAAAAACUACCAAGAUUGUCUCCAAUUGGAAACCAACUUGAAAAGGAACCAUGUCCCACCCGUCCAAACAGUGUUGCCGAGCAACCUCUUUAUACAGCUCCCAUGAUAGGAUUUGUGGAAGAGGAAUCUUUGAAACGUCGUUACCAGAAUGUAAAGAAGGUUGUGCAGGCAUAUGUUCCUCCACUCUAUGAACAAAUUACAAGGUCUACCAGUUCUGCUUCUACAAGAACUUAUGGAAACAGCCUAAAGGAAUCACUUGAUAAUCCCCCGCAGAGCAGGAACAGCUCGGAUGAACCAAGUUCUGACGAAUCUUUAAAGACAUUCACUUCCGUGCCAAACACCUCCAAUUUUUCCAAAUCCUCUGGCCCAUUCACUGCAAAAGAAGAAUAUGUCAAAUUGUGGGAAGAUGCACACUAUAAGCAAAAAGAAGCUGCUCUUGGACAACCUUUGACCCCACUACAAAGGUUCCGUUUACGCAAAAAAUUUCCUCCUCCUGUCAACAUUUGUCCUUCUGGUAGACAAAUUAUCAAUCCUCUUUUCAAAGAAGCCAGUGUCAUUUUGAAACACUGUGUCUCCCAACAGCAACAAGUCACUACCAGCUGUUGUGAUACUCUAUCGAUUCCUUCACCAACACCUAGUCAGUUCCUAACAAAUAUAACACAAACACCAACAGAUUUCAUCUGCCCAAAUCCUACCAUUUACCCUAUUCCCAUUGUGACAACUCCAAUUGACCCAUCUGUGAAUCUCGGUGUUUUUAGACAAGACAGAAGUUACCAUCCAAGUAGCCAGAGUCCAGUCAAUUCUUCCAUGAUGUUGAACCAAGAAAUUCAAAAUACAUUUCAAAACAAUUUUGAUUCCUAUGCAACUCCUACAGAAUCAAUACCUUAUUUAACCAACCCAAAUUUGAACUCUUCCUUUAUGACUGGUCAUGAUAUAAUGAAACUUGGGACAUCUAUAUCACAAAUAUCUCAAAACCUGGACGGUGUAACCAGAAAAAAAGAAUUAAUGAAUGUAGAGAAUGAAAUUGCACACACCUUGCUGAUACUUGCCAGAAAUGGAAACAAAGCGCACAUGUCAAAUCAAGGCCAGUAA